UGAUUUAUCUGUUGACGUUUGAUAAAAGCUAAAAACAGGUGUUGUAAAUAAAGAAGUAUAAAACCAAUAUUUUAUUAUAUAAAGAGAAAGUUAACUGUUAAAAUUAUAAAGCAGUAUUUAUACAAAGGUUCUACACCAAUUGUGUUUAUUUUUAGGGUGUUAAUAUAGUAUGACAACUGCUUACAUGAUGGAUUACGAAUUUAAAAUGAAGACUCAAAACGAGAGAAUAAAGGUUGAGGAUCUUUUUGAUUAUGAAGGUUGUAAAGUAGGAAGGGGUACAUAUGGUCAUGUAUAUAAAGGUAGAAGAAAAGAUGGUUCAGACAAGAAAGAUUAUGCUUUAAAACAAAUUGAAGGUACAGGCCUUUCAAUGUCUGCUUGUAGAGAAAUUGCUCUGCUACGUGAGUUGAAACACCCUAAUGUGAUCAAUUUAAUUAGAGUAUUCUUAUCCCAUAAUGACAGAAAAGUUUGGCUACUUUUUGACUUUGCAGAGCAUGAUUUGUGGCACAUUAUAAAGUUCCAUAGGGCUGCAAAAGCUAACAAAAAACCAGUAUUAGUGCCUAAAGGAAUGGUAAAGAGCCUGUUGUAUCAAAUUUUAGAUGGAAUUCACUAUUUACAUUCUAACUGGGUGCUACACAGAGACCUGAAACCUGCAAAUAUUUUAGUUAUGGGUGAGGGCCCAGAAAGAGGUAGAGUAAAAAUUGCAGACAUGGGUUUUGCAAGAUUAUUUAAUGCACCCUUAAAGCCUUUAGCAGAUUUAGAUCCAGUAGUUGUUACAUUUUGGUAUAGGGCUCCAGAGUUACUUUUAGGAGCUAGACACUAUACAAAAGCAAUAGAUAUUUGGGCAAUUGGCUGCAUAUUUGCAGAACUUCUAACAUCAGAACCAAUUUUUCACUGUAGGCAAGAAGAUAUUAAAACAAGCAAUCCAUAUCAUCAUGAUCAGCUAGAUAGGAUUUUUAAUGUUAUGGGAUUCCCUCAUGAGAAAGACUGGGAGGAUAUUAAAAAAAUGCCAGAGCAUCCUACUUUAUUGAAGGACUUCAAAAAGAACAAUUAUGUGAAUUGUUCCUUAGUCAAAUACAUGGACAGGCACAAAAUAAAGCCAGAUAGCAAAGCAUUUCAUUUACUUCAAAAACUAUUAUUGAUGGACCCAAACAAACGUAUAACGUCCGAACAGGCGAUGCAAGAUCCAUAUUUCCAGGAAGAGCCAUUGCCUACCCAAGACGUUUUUGCAGGCUGUCCAAUUCCGUACCCAAAACGCGAGUUUCUCACGGACGACGACCAAGAAGAAAAAAACGAUAACAAAAGACAGAAUCAACAACAGCAACAAACUCAGAAUAACCAGCAAUCUCAGCAGCAGAAUCAGCAGAACAAUCAGGGAAAUCAACAAAGUAACCAAGACAACCAUAAUCCCGCAAAAAGGGUGAGACUGUCCGCUCCUCAAGGUCAUCCAAGCCAAGUCAACCAGCAGCAAAUGCCGAUAUCUCAGCAACAACAGGAAUUCCAUCAGCAGCAGAUGAUGUACAACAAUGGGCAACAACAGCAACAAAAUUUCCAACAAAGAUUUUGAAACAAAAAUCAUUUUUGUAUAUAGUACGGCGCAGUGGUGGUAAUUUUACAUAAUGCUGUAUGAUUGAUUUUCGAGAUCCUAAGUUGGUAAUGGUGGAAGAUAUUUUUCUUCCUGUUUCAGUUUUAAGAUACCUAUAUAAACUAAGAACCUCAGAUAACUGUAGUUUUUGAACUAUUUCUGUUAUUUCGAAGUACAAAGACGAGUUAGUCUAUUUCUCAUACCUAUGUGCAAUGUUCAAUACAAACUUUUUUCUGUCUGACGGGGUUCAGACACUACUGAUACAUGGAUCAAUAUAGGUAUACUAAGGGACAUAGAAAAUGAAAUGCAACGCCGACUAGGAGUGCUGUAAUUUUUAGAAUACUUUUAAAAGUUUUAGGUCUACUUAUAAAUAGAAUUUUAACUCGAAAUUUCGCAAAAUAGCUGAGAUAUCCCACCUUAAUGUUAAUAAUGUGGUGAAGCACCUCUGUUCGCUACACAUUCGUUAAGUCGUCGCGGCAUUGAUUGGAUUAGGUGUUUGAGGUGUUCUUGGUUUAUUAUAUCCCAGGCCAUCUGAAUUUGGUUUCGUAGAGCCUCCAAUGUUUAUUCAUUUUCAACCUUCUCAAUCACACAUUAUACUGCAGUGCAGGUACGAUUUUUAAUAACUUAUUGCACUAACAGAGUUAAGUUAGUGUUUAUUUAUUUUUAUUAUAUUCGACUUUUAUAGCAGUAGAAUAUUGGACACGAAAAUGGUAAACUUCAUGUACACCUUGUAAUUCCUAAGUCAACAUUCAAGAAUAGUUUAUAUUUUUCGAGCCGAUCUAAUGACAUGUAUGAAAUUAUAAUAAAAUCCUUUUACUCUACA